CCACUUCCGUCCUUUCCCUUACUCCUAGCCUCCUAGGCUUCCAAUGUCCCAAACUCCAAAUGCCGUCCAAAUCCCAACAUUACAAAAUUCUAUUUUAAUGGCAGCUGCUUAAAUCUGUAUUAAUGUCUAAAACUUCUUGUUUCUGGGUCACACUCACUGACUCACUCUCGCCCACUCACUCGCUCAUCAUUGGCAUUCACAAACCACACAUCAUGCCACCACCACAAAAUUUAUCACUUUCUACUCAUAAAUCUUGGGGUUUGCUUCUCUUCUCUUUCUACUGCUAAAAUACUGUACUAACAUUCAGAUUCUAAUCUAUUUGCUGCAAAUUCUUGAAGAAUAUUCAGUAAAAUGUAGUGGGUUUUUCAUUUUCUUUUCAUCUUUUGCAUGUUGCUUUUUGUUUCAUUUGACUUUAACUUCCUUUUUGUUGGUUUUUUUUUACAAAAAUGGCUUCAAGUUCAUUAUGAAAGCCUUUUUAUGCUCAUUUCAUUUAACCCACAUUUGAUUGCUAUGUCCUAGCUUUUUAAUUGCUACUUUUUGUGAAGCUUUUAUAUUAUGUUGGCUUUUAGAACAUACCCGAAUUUCCUAACUGAUUGAACAACUUAAAGGGUAUCUUAAAAGUUGAGUCUUUGAGUUUUCUCUGUUAGCUGUGUAUGUGUUUUGAUUUUCUCAAGCAAUUUUUAACUUUCGGGGUUUUAAAGAAGGAAUGCAGUCUUUCUGUUUGGUAAUGUUUUUCUGGGUGCAAAUAACAUUUGGGAGUUCAGACUUCAAUGCACUAUUGGAGCUUAAGAAAGGGAUUACUAAAGAUUCUAUGCGAGUAGUUCUUGACUCCUGGAAUGCUAAAUCAGUAGCUUCUGAUGGAUGCCCUCAGAAGUGGGAUGGGGUUAGUUGUAGAAAUGGUAAUGUAGAGUCAAUCAUGCUUAAUGAUGCUGGUUUGAUAGGAGUUUUCGAUUUCAAAACGAUUUCUAGUCUUAAAAUGCUCCGAAAUUUGUCAAUUUCGAAUAACCAAUUAUCUGGAGAUCUUUUGGAGAUUUCUUACCUUGAGUCUCUAGAGAAUUUGGACCUCUCGCGCAAUUCUUUCCAGGGAGUAAUGCCUUCUAACUUCACUAAAUUGAAGAAUUUGGUGUAUGCGAAUCUUUCGACGAAUAACUUUGAAGGUCUAGUUCCCUCUGUAUUCCUUAACUUGAAGGAAUUGAAGUACCUUGACUUGCACUCAAAUCGAUUUUCUGGGGAUGCUAUGAAGCUUGUCUCAGAACUAGGUGGCCUGUCUGUCCUUGAUCUUAGCUGUAAUCAGUUUAGUGGGCAGUUGGAUAUUGGACUUGGUAGGCCUAGCUUUGUUUCCAAUAUUCAAGUUUUUAAUGUCAGCCAAAAUGCUUUGGCUGGGGAGCUCUUCUCUCAUGAUGGGGUACCAUAUUUUGACAAUCUUGAGGUGUUUGAUGCUAGCUAUAAUCAGUUGAAUGGUACCAUUCCAGCCUUCAAUUUUGUCGUCUCUCUGCGUGUUCUUCGACUAGGAAGCAAUCUGUUAUCAGGGGCCCUUCCAGAGGCGCUUUUGCAAGAUAGCUCAAUGGUCUUAUCCGAACUGGAUCUCAGCCUGAACCAGCUUGAAGGGCCUGUCGGAAGUAUUACAUCUACAAGCUUGAGGAGUCUAAAUUUAUCAUCAAAUCAAUUUUCAGGCUCCUUACCCCUGAGGACUGGGAAUUGUGUCAUCAUAGACCUCAGCAACAAUAACUUUUCAGGAAAUCUCUCAAGAACCCGAUAUUGGGGAAAUUAUAUAGAGGUUGUUCAGUUAAGUUCCAACUCUUUAACAGGUGUUUUGCCGAAUAAGACUUCUCAGUUUCUGAGACUUACUUCUCUCAGGGCAUCCAACAACUCACUUGAAGGGAGUCUCUCAUCCAUUUUUGGCAUAUACCCUGAGCUAAAAGUCAUUGAUCUUAGCUUUAAUAUGCUGAGUGGAUCCCUCCCGAGUUUAUCCAAUUGGACUAAGGUGACUAGUGUUAAUUUGUCACACAACAAUAUCAGUGGGAUUAUCCCGCUUCAGGCAGGAGUUGGUGAUUUGGCUUCGUACAAUUUCAGCUUAGUGUCAUUGGAUUUAUCACAUAAUAUUAUCAGCAGUGAUUUUCCUAUAGAACUAAGCAAUUUCCACAACUUACAAUAUCUUGACAUGUCCAGCAACAAUUUCAUGGGCACCAUUCCAAGUAAUCUCUCAGAGCAGCUGACUGGUCUCAAUGUUUCUUACAAUAACUUUUCAGGUAUUGUGCCCAGGAGUCUGAGGAGGUUUACAGAUGCCUCAUUUUAUCCUGGUAAUUCACUGCUUAUAUUCCCUGAUUCACCAUCAUCACGUGGAAGUAACGCAAGCAUGAAUUCAAAAAGCCAUCAUCAUAGCCGGAAUCAAGCUCUUAUCGCAUCCAUUCUUGCUGGUCUGAUUGGUGGUGUUGUUAUUCUGGUUCUUUUGUUGCUGAUAAUAUAUUACAGAAUUCAUGUGAAGAAGCAUUCUAUAAAGGAUCAAAUAGGGCAAAGUGAAACUAAGGAUAAUAAGAGCUGGACUUCUUCACUCCCAAGUACAUCUCCUUCCCUGAAAAGUAUUGAUCCAUCUCUAAAUUCACCAAGAUCAGGUCAGGGAGCUUUGACAUCAAAGAUGGGACCAACAGCUGCACUAGGAAGUUCUACGUCUAACGUGACCAAGUGCAAAGAUCUUAGUCCACCUGAAUCAACUAGGAUAAUUGGUGAAAUAUCUUCUCCAGUCACUAUAAUUUCGUCUUCAAAUCCAUCGCUUGCUAAAGGCCAGAAUUUAUUCCAGAAUCUUGGAGCGGUGAAGAUUGGUUCGCCAGAUAAACUUGCUGGGGAUUUACAUCUCUUUGAUGGGUCUUUGGUAUUCACUGCUGAACAGCUCUCACUUGCUCCAGCUGAAGUCAUUGGAAGGAGUUGCCACGGAAUGCUAUACAGAGCUGCACUUGAGAAUGGUCAUAUGUUGGUCGUUAAAAGGUUGAAAGAGGGGAUAGCAAUAGGAAGAAAAGAAUUUGCAAGGGAAGCUAAAAAGCUUGGAAAUGUUAGACAUCCAAAUCUCGUAUCUCUGCAGGGUUAUUACUGGGGUCCAAGGCAGCACGAGAAGCUGGUUAUCUCAAACUAUAUCAAUGCACCAUGCUUGGGCAUCUAUUUACAAGGGCAAGAGCGAAGUCAAAUCCCAUCCUUGUCCUUACAGAAACGCUUCAAAGCAGCAAGAGUUGUUGCCCAAUGUUUAGAUUACCUUCACAAUGAGAGAGCCAUACCUCAUGGCAAUCUCAAGUCUUCAAACAUUCUGAUACAUCCUUCAGAAGCGAGUGUUUUCAUCACCGACUAUGGUCUCCACCGGCUAUUGACACCAGCUGGCACUGCUGAUCAAGUUCUUAAUGCUGGUGCUCUUGGUUAUCUCCCGCCUGAAUUCAUUAACUCGAGCAAACCAUGCCCAUCUUUAAAGAGCGACGUCUAUGCUUUUGGAGUGAUUUUGUUGGAGCUUUUAACUGGAAGAAGCUCAGCUGAAAUUGUUUCUGCAAAUCAAGGUGCUGUUGACUUGACAGAUUGGGUGAAAAUGUUGGUGGUAGAAAACCGUGCUAACGAGUGCUUUGAUAAGGCAGUCUUCAGUGCUAAUAUUGCAGAAACUGAGUACAGAUCACUUGAUAGAAUGCUACAAGUUGCUUUGAGAUGCAUCCUCCCAGCAUCUGAAAGACCUGAUACUAGAACAGUUUUACAUGAUCUUACGUCCUUAGAACAAUAGAGGUUAGGUCAUCAGUCUAUUGCUCACGUAUAUGUGAAGUCUUUUACUUUACACUAAUACAUUUUGUUGCUUUCUUGUAAGGCAUUAGGUUUUAUUAUAGGCAUUAUUGUACUUCAGAGUUAGAUGUGUAGUAGCAAUUUGAUUUUUCCAAAAAAAAAGUAUAAAUAAAAAUAAAAUAAUAGUGUUUCUA